AUGGCAUCUGGAGAAGGCUACCGCUCUCCGGCUGUGCAAUCUGCUGCAGACAGUUUUGAGCUGCGUCGUGACGAUUAUCUCCCAAAACCCGAGUCUGAUAACUAUCGUCGCUCCAGGCCACGAGGCAACUCGAAUGCUGUCAGACCCAACAGUGUCUAUCAACAAACCGCUCCAGUCGAUCAUGCCGUCAACCGCGCUUUUGAGCGAUCUGAUGCGGCUGCUCAGCUAGAUCCAGCUCUCGUUGCUCAGAUUACAGAGCAGGUGAUGAAAAAUCUUUCGGCUUCUGGUAUAGGCCAACAGCAGCAUCCACCUCCUUCUGCUCAUACCAGAUCUGCCCACUCGAGGUCUCCUGCAGACUCAGCUGCAUCCCUCGAUCGCCCUUACACGCCGCCUUCGCCAACGAGAGACAAUACAAGUCAUCGAUCGCUAUCUCCUGAACCUCCCAUGUUUGCUGCGGGCCCAUACAACAACAGUCAUGACCUUCCUCGGCCCAACAGAAGUAGCAGCGAAGCGUCGCCCGUCCAUGCUGGAGACACCAAAUCUAGACCUGGACAGGCCCGUAUGCCUUCUACUUUCGAAGAGACGGUCUUGGAAAAGGCGUGGCAACCCCUGUUCGAGUCGGGACAGCCAACUCCAAGAUUGAGCCAAUUUCUUCGAGGUCUCGCCCUGCACAUCAUCGAUGAUUACGAGCCAAAGCGCAGUCUUGUUAUUUCUCCGGCUAAGAUGACUCAAUUCUUCGAAGAUGUCCGAUUGUCCUCCGAGAUCUACCCCUGGCGGGACAUCUUUGGUGGUCGCGUCACCUGCGAGUCCAUCUCAAGAAUCUACCGUGAUCUGCGCUGUCAACACCACUUCGUUCAGCUGGGCAAUCAUUCUAUUCCAGAUAUCCCCGCUUUGACCCCUGAUGGCUUCAACCAAUUCAUGACGAUCCUCAUUCAAGCACAUCCGUCUAUGGAAUAUGAACGACUCGCGAAGGCUGUGUUGGAUAUGCCCAUCAGCAAUGCUGACAAUCCUAAAGAGCGAUUUCCCAAGGAACUCAGUCGUCGACUUAUUCCCAGAGAGGAAGAUAUCACACAGCAGCAACGAUUACAUGCUGCUCUGUCGACCGAUCGCAACAUCCAGCUGCGCCCAAGUAAUCCUAUGCCGCCUCCCCCUCCAGUGUCAGUCCAGUCGCAACAACAGCCAACUCCGCAGUCUGCCUCGACAUCGUUUGCUGAGAGAGAGCGUGCUCCCUACUCGAACUAUCCAACUGCCGUCGAUGAUGAUGAUUUACGUACUGUUCCUGGCCCAAUUGAGCGUGAACGUCAACCUUACACUGCAAAGGAGGGCGCUGGAAAGGUGUAUGAAGACGAUCGUCGAAACACCGGUCGCCCAGAAACUGUAGAUCGUACCUCACGUGCCAACUCUGCUGCACCUCAACCACAGUUUAGUCAGAGCAGACCUACCGAUAUACCCCUCACAGGACAAAGAGUUCAUCGCCUUUCUGCGACUGGACAACGACCUAAUUUUGGCACCCCACCUCCUCUCGGUUAUCCACCCAACCCUUAUACCCGUUCUGAAGGCACGAACAUCGGCGAUAUUCCAUCCACACACUACAACUCCAACAUGCACUCCGACGAUCGAGACCGAGAUCGAGUAAGAUAUGCACGACGUGAAGACGAAGCUCGAGAUUCCAAGCACGCUUCAUGGUACCCUUCUCGUGGCUACGACUACGACGGAGCCUACGAUGAGAAGCGAAGGCCUCCGGGUGGCUCUGAUGGAUACGGAAGCUACAAUGGCCAUCCUUCAAGCCAGAAGUACUAG